AACUGGGAGCAGAGGGGAAUGCGAUGGACGGCUGGCCCGGCUUGAAAACGGACUGCGAGGCGCUCCUCAGCGCCUUCCAGGAGGCUGACAGCGUCCGCUUCGAAGACUUUGCUUCGUUGUGGCGGCAGCGCCGCUUCCACACCAUCUUCUAUGGCAAAAUAAGAGCUCUGGAGCAGAAUAAGUUCACCAAAGAGGCUUUGGAGCUUGUUUGGCCAUAUUUCUUGCCUCCUUACACUUUCCAGAUCCGAGUUGGUGCUCUUUAUCUUCUCUAUGGGUUGUACAAUGUGCAACUUUGUCAGCCAAAACAAAAGAUCAGAGUUGCGCUCAAAGAUUGGCCUGAAGUCCUGAACUUCCAGCAGGAGCUGUUAAACGCACAGCAUUAUGACGCAGCGUAUAUUUUCAGGAAGCUCCGAAUGGACAAAGCGUUCUACUUCACAGCGAUGCCGAAACUCCUUUCAUUUAGGGCUAAAAAGGUCGAGCGGGAUAAAGCUGAGAUAAAGAAGGAAUUUAAGGAUCCAAGCGACAGAGUUGCUAUGCUUGCUACCGACGACGUCUUAGAGGAACUUGCAAAUGUUCAUAAACACUACCAAAAAAUGAAGUGCCUGAUUUCCGCAGACAAAUCCCACCCCGACAAGGCUCUCGAUCUGAUAAAAGAUGACUUCAUAGUCAGUUUCAAGAAUAUGAUCCUGGAGCAUCAGCAGCGGAAGCAGGACAAGCUGGAACCGUCCUUAACGAGCGCGAGUGAAGAAGCAAGAAAUGAAAAUGAAGGAUCUUCUCAAGACGCGGAAGGAACCGAAAGGGCCAAAACAUUAGCCAGCAUCAAAGCCAAGUCUUACUCUAUGGUUGCUCAGGUUUCCAAAUCAAGACGGCAUCGUCAAGUUACUCUAGAGUCUUCUGUACCGCGGUCGGAACACGGAGUAACUAAAUCGCCUAAGGCUAAAGGAACCAGUACCAGGUCUCAGCCAGUGAGGAAGAAAGUCUCUCUAAGAAACAGAGAAACAUCGCAAGCGGUAAAGAAGGAAGGUGUUGUUGCGAGUUUGAGCAUGCCUGUAAUUGCAGAGGAUGACAAUGAAGAAGAGGAGGAUGAGGAUGAAGAAAUAGAUCAUUCGAGUGAUGAAGAUUUCAUCCCCGUUAAGAGGAAAAGGACCAUUUAAGGAGUUAUCCAAGCACAAAUAGUUUGACUGAACUGUGAAUGCAGCCAGUGGAAGGGGCAGAGACAGUGGCCCCGUGCCAUCUUACAAACAGCGUAUGCCAAUUCCCAAGUGACAAGGCACAAAGCAAAAAUGAACUCUGUGGAAAAAGAGCUUAAAUUAAAGAACACAUGCUGUGUGUGUUCUGCAGUGCAGGGCACACAUAGGGUUGUUCUUCAGAGACAUUUUGUGCUUUUCCACCUUUAUAAAUGCUGACAAGCUAUCCUUAAGUAUGUAUUUAUGUAAAUACUUCAGGUACUUCCUAUUUAAAGUACAUUUUUGGUAGAAAGCUCUUUUUAAAAAUCCUUGUGUGUGUUACAUGGAAUUGUACUUGAAUGUUUGUCAUCACAGCGUAGUGAUUUUUUUCAAUACCAGUGAAUAUGUAAAGUAUACUGAAUUAAAUUAUUACUUUUUUUGCAA